UUCACAAUAAUACGCUUUGUUCUGUGCCUGACUUUCAAGGACCACGUAGUGCCUGACACUGGUCACUGCUUCUGUUUGCACGCACUAGGAGCUGCUGUGAGUGCAACUAGCUUUCAUAACAUGCCUUGACGGGCCUGGAUCCCGAACACCGGGGAGACAGAGCAGGAUGAGCUCCUUUACGCUCACGAGCGACGUUGUCAACUAUCUCAUAUAUCGCUACUUACAAGAGGCUGGGUUUACGCACUCAGCGUUCACGUUCGCGAGCGAAUCCCUAGUGUCUCGUACCAACAUCGACCCCAACAAUGUGCCUCCGGGCUCACUGGUCACCUUCAUUCAGAAGGGGCUUCAGUACCUAGAGAUAGAGGCGAACCUCGACGCGCCGGACGGGGAAGUAGACGGCGAUUAUAAGCUCCUCACUCCCGAGGAGCUGCUGUCCAAUGACGUGGACACACUGCGCAUGAUGGUGACGGAGCGGAAGGAGGAGGAGGGCGGCCGCAGCAAGGGCCAGCAGCCGUCUGCGGCGGCGGCAGCGGCGGCGGCAGCGGCAGCCGCAGCAGCGGCAGCAGCGCAAGCAGCGGCGGCUCAGGCAGCUCAGGCGCAGGCGGCAGCACAGGCACAGACCGCGGCGCUGCCAGCCGCGGCGGCAGCGGCGGCAGCGGCGGCGGCGGCAGCGGCGCAACCAACGGGCGCGCCAGCGGCGCCAGCAGCUGCAGCGCUGGCGGCACCGCCGCCCGCAGCAGCUGAGAAGGGGGUGGGCAAGGAGAAGGACAAGGAGAAGGGGACAGAGCGGGAAAAGGCAGCGGACAAGGCGGGUGCUAGUACGCCUGCUGCCGCGCCGGCCGUCAAGACGGAAGCGCCCGCCUCCACAGGGCCUACGCCCAUGGAGGAGGACACACAGCCGCCGCCGAGUGCCGCUACCGCGCCCGCGGCCGCCGCCGCAGCGGAUGCAGGCGGUGUGGAUGCAGGCGGCUCAGAAGCAGGCGGCGCAGCUGCGGCGGGGCCAGCUGCGGCGGGCAGCGGCAUUGAGGUGCCGGCAAGCUCGGUGAUCACGCUGCGGGGGCACGACUCGGAGGUGUACAUCUGCCAGUGGAACCCCACGGCAAACCUACUAGCAUCCGGGUCCGGCGACGCCACUGCUCGCAUCUGGAACCUGUCGACGGCCGCCGGCGCCAACUGCCAGAAGGCGGUGGUGCUCAAGCACGAGAACAUUGCGGCUCCAGCGCCCAACCACUUCAUGAUGCAGGGCAAGGACGUGACAACGUUGGACUGGAAUGGCGAUGGCUCGCUGCUGGCCACCGGCUCCUACGACGGCUUCGCGCGGAUAUGGACCAAGGAGGGCAAGCUGAAGAGCACGCUCGAGCAGCACACGGGUCCCAUCUUCGCGCUCAAGUGGAACAAGCGCGGCGACAUGCUGCUGAGCGGCAGUGUGGAUAAGACCGCCAUUGUGUGGGACGCCAAGACCGGCAGCGCAAAGCAGGUGUUCGCCAUGCACACAGCCCCCACGCUGGACGUGGACUGGCGCAACAACACCUCGUUCGCGUCUUGCUCCACGGACAAGCUCAUCCACGUGUGCAAGCUGGGCGAGCACGGCGCCGUCAAGACCUUCACCGGACACACCGACGAGGUCAAUGCCAUCCGCUGGGACCCCUCCGGCCGCUGGCUGGCCUCCUGCUCCGACGACCGCACCGCCAAGGUGUGGUCUCUCAGCAGCGACAAGCCGGCGCAUGACUUCCGCGAGCACGAGCGCGAGAUCUACACCAUCCGCUGGAGCCCCACCGGCACCGGCACCGCCAAUCCCAACCUGCCGCUGCUGCUGGCCUCCGCCUCCUUCGACAAGACGGUGCGGCUGUGGGACGUGGAGGUGGGGCGCUGCCUGCACAAGCUGGCCAAGCACAGUGAGCCCGUGUACAGCGUGGCCUUCUCGCCGAAUGGCAAGCUGGUCGCGACGGGCAGCUUCGACCGCUGGAUGUACAUCUGGAGUGCGGUGGACGGCAGCCUGAUCAAGUCGUUCAAGGGCAGCGCGGGCAUCUACGAGGUGUGCUGGGACCACGAGGGCGACCGCGUGGCGGCGUGCUUUGCCAACAAGACCGUGUGCGUGGUGGACAUCAGGAAGUGAGGGGGCGUGGGCGUGGGAGACGCUGGCCCCAAGGCCUGCAAGUGGGCUGGUGGUGAUGUGGUGUGGAGAGAGUGGAAGUUGAUUGUACUGGCCGGCACAGGUUGAAAGCGGCCGCUAGCCGCUUGGAAGGUGGGGUCCUACCUAAGCAAGGACAUGGCAGCGCUUUUCAAGCGAGUUAGCACGCUAGCACGUCGUGCUCUUGCUCUUGCCCUUUAGGUGUUGACGGAGAUGGAAGUGUGUUCCUCAGGUCUGGGCAGGGCAGAGCCUCGACUAGUUCUGGGUGCGAUCCGUAGCAGAGUUGAACACAUAUGUGGAGAGAGUGAAAGUGGGGAGAUUGUCAUAAGUUGACAAGGAUGCGAAAUGAGAUUCACACGCCGUGCAGGCUGCUGGGACGGCUUGAGUGAACUGGUGGGUUGAUCCUGUCUUAGGUCCUGAGUGGUCGUCUGUCCUAGUCGCAAGCUCAACACAUUGUUCGCGUGUGGGGACGCCGCGUUGGCGAGAGUCACGGAUGGCCCUAAUACACCAUCGGGGCAUGACGCACCGUGGAGAGCACUGCAAAACUCAUGGUCCGGCUUGCCGACUGUCCCUAACAUAGUAACAUGCCAAGCCCUCAAGCGUAUGACCAGGCCAGGAUGUUCAGGAUGC